AUGACACAGUUCGAGCUCCGGCAGACUGGAGACCUCCUCCUCCUCCUCCAGCAGCGCACAAUGAUCCAACUCCUCUGCUGGCGCCCCGGCUGCUUCUUUUGGACGACUCCAGACUGUCACGGAUCAACUAAAGGCGGCAGUUCUUGAGAAGAGAGGCCAAAGGGGACGACUGGUGUUUAUUUGUAGCAGUUGAACUUCUGUCCUAAGCUCUGAGUGCUCUGGAUCGAGGGAUUUUCCCUCAGUGUUCAGCCAUCAGCUCACCUGCAGACGUUAGACCAUGCGCUCCUGGGCGGCGCUCCCCCGGUUGAUCUCCCUCCUAUUUCUCCUUCUCGUUCCACCUGUUUUCUCCUCCAAACCUCAGUGGAUUCUACAGCGCGUCCCGGUGGUCCUCCCCCAGCAGACGGAGACUCGACCAGCUCCUCACUUUCUGUCUCCGGCUCGCUUGGAUGUCAGCUCCCCCUGUGACCCAGAAUGCCACAAGAAAGCCCCUCGCCCAAGCUACUGGGACCUGCGGCGCCUCCUGGCUUAUGAGACUCUCCAUUCUGACGGUCAACUCACUGAGACCGCGAUUGGGAUCUAUGGCUACAACCCCAGUCCUAACACCAGUCCAGCCUACUCCUCCGGGUCAUCCGGUAAGGCCGAGAGGUCACAUGUCAGAAGAAAGCGACAGAUUUUUGGCCACGAUGGGCGUUUUAGCAUCGCCGGGCAGGACUUCCUGCUGAAAUAUCCGUUCUCAGUGGCUGUCAAGCUGUCCACUGGGUGUUCUGGUACACUGGUGGGAGACCGCCACGUUCUCACAGCUGCUCAUUGUGUUCAUGAUGGUAAAAACUACGUGAAAGGAGCUCAGAAGCUCCGGGUUGGAUUUUUAAAACCCAAGCAACGAGAUGCACAAUAUUCUUCCUUUUACCUUCCCUCCAACUUCACCAACCACGUUGAAAGUGGCCCUGCUCUGUACGCCCCACCGACCAACGACAAAAUGAAGUUUCAGUGGAUCAGGGCCAAGCGCACCCAUGUUCCCAAAGGGUGGAUUAAAGGGAAUGCCAAUGACAUUGGGAUGGACUAUGACUAUGCUUUGCUGGAACUCAAGAAGGCCCACAAACGGCGCCACAUGAAGUUAGGAGUCAGUCCUCCUGCUCAGAGACUGCCUGGUCGACGGGUCCACUUCUCAGGAUUUGAUAACGACCGUCCAGGACAGCUGGUGUACCGGUUCUGUCGGGCCGGCGAGGAGACGUCAGACCUGUUGUACCAGCACUGCGAUGCUCAACCCGGGGCCAGCGGCUCAGGAGUCUACGCUCGGAUGUGGGACGGGCGGCGCCGGCGCUGGGAGCGAAAGGUGAUAGGUGUGUUUUCUGGGCAUCAGUGGGUGGAGCGACAAGGGGCGUCUCAGGAAUUUAAUGUAGCGGUGAGAAUCACACCUCUCAAAUACGCUCAGAUCUGCUACUGGAUAAAAGGAAACUUUGUGGACUGCAGAGAGGGAUGAGGAGAAUGAGGACCACGAAGGAGUGUUGCUACAAAACCACCAACCAACUACACAUAUAGUUGGAAUAUUGGAACACAAGACAUCACACUUUUCAGAUCACUACCUGUAGCAGUGACAUAUUAUUAAUACAAAUAUUCAAAUUUAGUUUGCUGCCCCUGUUCUCAGAUGCCAGCAUCAGUACAGACCAGAUACAAAUCUAGUAUUGAUACUAAAUUAUAUGAACAUGGCAUUUUGUUUUAGCUUAGUAUUGCAUCUUCACUCACAUUUCAAAAAUAUGAAAGUUUCUGCUUCUUGAAACACUCAUCUGGACAACCAAGUCAAGCCCCUUCGAUCUGGAAUAUGGACUGAUAGAGUAGGACCAGGAAAACUGUUUCUCUAUACAUUAUAGCCUGUUUUUUGUUUCUUUUAUUGAGCUAAUACUAAAGAUUGCACUGUUAAAAAACUUUUUCUACUGAAAAUGGUGUUUGUGGAUGAAUGUACAAGUCAGCUACCAAAGUUGCCAACUGUUUCUUUCCAAACUCUUCUCUCUGUGGACACACUAGUUAUCUAUAAGCAUAGUGUAUACAUUUUGAAAGAGUAUUCAACUUGUUAUACAGGUUGAUGUUAAACUGCAUUUGUCUUCUGCCAAGGGUGUGGAUUCCUUGUUCCAUGAAGCACCAUUUGUUGAAUGUUAUUCUUUAUUGCUUAGUGCCAUCUGGUGGCUACAUAAAACACUGCAGGUGUCCACAAUGAGCAUUAUGCCAACUUUGCCUAGGCUUACAUAAGCACUUUUUUUUUUUAAACUUUCUUUUCUUAUUUGUGACGUUUCUUAAACAGAAAACUGUGGCGGAUUUCAUGAAAUAUAUGCUUUGAAAAAAAGAG